AUGGAUCCCUAUAUGCAGUAUCUAGCCCAGAAGCUCCUCACUGAGGAUCAGCUUGUAACUUAUCGCCUUCUAAGCCGGGCAUUGAAGGUCCAUGUAAAUACUGCCAAAGAGAUGCUCUAUGAUUUUCAUAAAUGGCAGAAUGAUAAAUGCCCGGGAUCUCUUCAUGCCACCUACCUCGUAUAUGGUACUAAGAAGGCAGCGGUGAAAGUGGAGGAAUCGGAUGGCGAUGUGAAGAUGACCGAUUCUUCAAGUUCGGAAGAGAUGCAUGUUCCUUUCUCAGAUGAAGUCCCUACUUAUACGCUCUCUAUAGUUAAAGAGGAACAACUGCAAGAUCUGCUAGCAGAGUAUGACGAGGUUACCUCGAUACACAUCUAUAGCUUGGCGCCUCAUCCCCUGAAAGAUCUUCAGCUCUUGGCCGAUACUGCUCGACAAGUACUAGAGCUAUCUACUGUGGGCGAUGUUUCAGCCUCGAGCAAGGUCUUCGGUUCAAUUGCCAAUCCCAAUGUGCGUAGGAGGGAACGUCGUGGGCCAGCACCUAAGCCUGUUACCAGUACACCCACUCCUAAAGCUGCACCAAAGGCCGAAAACAAGCAAGAGACACAGUCUGCCGAUAUUAAGGAGGAGCCUAAGGUAACACCUCAAGCCAAUGUUAAAGGAUCAACUUCAGCUGCUACUACUAAGAAGCCUACUGCCGCUGCUUCAUUGAAGCGACAGAGUUCUUCUGGAAUUGGGCAAAUGUUUGCCAAGGCAGCUGCCAAACCUAAGAAACCUGCCGCCAAGGCUGUAGUGAGUGCUGCCGAGGAGGACCAAAAGAUGGCCUUAUCUGAUGAUGGAGAGGACGACGUCGUGCCGAUGCCGGAGGUUAAGCAAGAGUCAGAGAGUGCUAGGCAAUUGAGGAAGAAUCGCCAAGCCGAACUUCGUCGUAUGAUGGAUGAGAGUGAAGAAGAGGAAGAAGAGAAAGCGGAGAGUCCUACUGAGGAACCAAUGGAGGAAGAAGGGGAGGAGCCUUCACCCGAACCGGAACCUAAGGAAGAAGAGCCUGUGGAAGUAGUAUCGAGCACAGGUGAUGGUAAACGUAGGGGAAGACGACGAGUCACACGGAAGAAGCAAGUCAUGGACGAUAAGGGAUAUUUGGUUACGAUACAGGAACAGGGCUGGGAAUCAUUUUCCGAGGAUGAAGCUCCGCCGCCGCCUAAACAGAAGCCUCAACCAGUUAAGGCGGAACCCGCUGCGAAGCCCAAGAAGGCGGCUGGCAAAGGCCAGGGGCAAGGCAACAUCAUGUCCUUCUUUUCAAAAAAGUGA